AUGAAUAAAAUUAAUUUAUUUAUAAUUUUAACAAUUUUAAUUAAUUGUUAUUUUGGUAUUAAUCAAGUUAAUGGUAAAUUUCAUCAAGAAUUAGGAUGGAAACAAUCAUUAACAAGAGAAUUUAUUGAUCCAAAUACACCAAUCACUUUUAGAAUUUAUGUAAAACAACAAAAUUUUGAACAAUUAAAAAUCAAAGUUCGUGAUGUUUCAGACCCACACUCAAACAACUAUGGUAAUUAUUUAAGUGUUGAUGAAAUUACAUCAAUAAUUUCACCAUCAAAAGAAUCAUUAACCUUAAUUGAAAAAUGGAUUCAACCAUUCAAUCCAAUUGAAAUUGAAUACAAUGAUAAUCAAGAUUGUAUGUUCAUUACAAUGUCAAAACAAAAUAUUGAAAAAUUAAUGAAUAUUAAAAUCUUUAAAUUUAUUCAUCAAAAUGGUAAAAUCAUUCUUCGUUCACCAAUUGAUCCAAUUAUUCCUUCAAAUUUAUUAAAACAUAUUGAUUUAAUUACUGGUAUUAGUCAUUUCCCAGUUUAUAAGUUAAAAAAUAAAAUAAAUUCUUUAUCUUCAUCAUCAUCUUCAUCAUCAGAAGGUUUACAAAUUAUUAGUAUUAAAGGUACAGGUGAAUUUUUAACAGUUGAAUAUCAACCAUCAUGUUCACCAAAUUGUAAUGGUAAAUAUUUCCCAAUGGAUGUUACAGUUAAAGCAUUGAAUCAAGUAAUUAAUAAUACAAUUACUACAAGUAAUGUUGCACCAAGUUGUACAGUUACAGAUGGUGUACCAGUUUGUAAAGUUUCAGCAAAUUCAUUUGUUUAUCAACCAAGUGAAGUUUCAAUAACAGAUACAGUUUCAAAUCAAGUAUUAACAUGGGAUCAUCCAAUUGUUUCAUUACCAAUUGUAUUACCACAAACUAUUAAACAAUAUUACGGAAUUCCAAACCAUUAUCAAGUUAGUCACCCAAAUGCAACUCAAUGUGUUGUUGAAUUUGAACAACAAUAUUAUUCACCAACUGAUUUAGAACAAUUUUUCAAUAGUAUGGGUUUACCAACCAAUGUAAGUGUAAAUGUAAUUGGUUACAAUGACGAAACCAAUCCAGGUGUUGAAGCAUCAUUAGAUAUUCAAUAUUUAAUGGGUGUUGCUCCAAAUGCACAAACUACAUUUUGGUCAAUCUAUGCAAAUACUUCCGCUGAAAUUGAUGAUAUCCUUCAAUGGGCAGUUGCAAUUUCAACCCAUCCAAAUCCACCAUUAGUUAACUCCUUAUCUUAUGGUAUGACUGAAGGUAAUGUUGACACAUAUUUAGGUAAUGGUUAUAUGGCAAGAUCUGAAGUUGAAUUUGCUAAAUUAGCUGCUAGAGGUUUAACAGUUGUAAUUGCAAGUGGUGAUAGUGGUGCUUAUGAUUUAGGUGGUCCACCAAUGGGUGCUAAUGGUUGUGAAAAUGCAAGAGGUGAUUGGCCAUCAAAUUCAGAAUAUGUUAGUGCAGUUGGUUCAAUUUAUUUUACACCAUAUUCAGCACCAAUUUGUUAUGAUUCAGUUUCAAGUGGUGGUGUAAAUUGUCAAUCACUUCCAAUUGGUGAAGUUGGUGUUUCAAUUGAUUAUGGUACAAUGUGGACAUCAGGUGGUGGUUUCUCAAAUUUCACAGAGACUGCUUACUAUCAAAAAGAUUUCGUAAAUGAAUAUUUAAAUAAAUUAAAAGAAUUGGAUGUUUCACCACCAUCAAAUCUUUUCAAUUCAAAUGGUAGAGCAUAUCCAGAUUUUUCAACAGUUGGUAAGAAUUUAUAUGUUAUCAAUGGUGGUGAAUGGUUAUCAGUUGAUGGUACAUCUGCUUCUGCACCAAUCUUUGCUGGUAUGAUUACAAUUCUCAAUGAUAUUAGAUUAAAUAAAGGUUUACCACAAUUAGGUUUCCUUAAUCCAUUAUUCUAUCAAAUCGCAAGAACAAAUCCAGAAGCUUUCUAUGAUGUCGUCGUUGGUAAUAAUCGUUGUGGUCUCUCUGAUUCUACUCCAGUUUGUUGUGAUUUCGGUUAUACUGCUACAACUGGUUUCGAUACUGUUUCAGGUUUAGGUAGACCAGAUAUGUCUGUUUUAAUGGAAAUUAUUGAUCAAUAUUAA